AUGUCUAAGAACUCCAAAUUUUCAGCCGAUGAUAUAUGGAAAAACAACAUUGACAAGAUCAAUUCAGAAUUGUUCAUAUUGACAUACGGAUCUGUAGUAAGCCAAUUAUGCAAAGACUACAACCAAGAAUACGCCCAAGUCAACAAAGAACUUGAGAAGAUGGGAUAUAAUAUUGGAAUACGACUCAUCGAAGAGUUUUUGGCCAAGACUGGGAUACAAAGGUGUCAAACUUUUAAAGAGACGGCAGAUGUAAUAUCUAAAAUGGGGUUCAAGAUCUUCCUCAACAUCCAACCAAUCAUUGCAAACUGGUCACCAGAUGGCAAGGCGUUCAGUUUGAUUCUCAUUGAAAACCCCUUGACCGAGUUUGUGCAAGUGCCGUUGACCGGUGGAAUGGCUAAAGAAUUAUGGUACAGUAAUGUUCUCUGUGGGAUAUUGAGGGGAGCCCUUCAGAUGGUGCAGAUGGACUGCGAAUGCUGGUUUAUCAAGGACGUUCUCCGUGGUGAUGAACACACCGAAUUACGGUUAAAGUUGAACAAGAUCUUAAAAGAUGAGGUUCCUGCUGGAGAAGACUAG